GAACUAGUAGUAUUGAGUUCAAUCUCGGAGGGGGUGAACGUUAGUUAACUUCUCUCGUCCAGUUAGCACAACUCCAUAAGUGCCAUGUAUCCGGAUGCAGUCAAAGUGAUGCAGUUUGUCCUGAGUCUGGCGCUGGUUGCAUCGUCUGAGGCAUUCUUCUUAAAAUGGGGCUCGGAUUCUUCAAGCCAGUCAUCCGCUCAGAAGACGUGGGUGCAGCCGCUACCGCCAAACAUGUCGCCAGGCUACCGGUACCAGUACACGUACACGCCGUACGAGCCUCGCAAGGUCUACCAGAUCCAGCCCCCGCAGUACUCGCAGCCCGAGGUGGUGCAGCAGAACCUGGCGCCAAUCCCUAUCAGUGUGCCAGCCGGGGCCAGCCUCACGCCCGUGUCUCUCCAACACGUCCAGCUGGUGCCAUGCAUGUGUCCUGUCGCUCCCGAGGAAGCUGAGAAACUCCAGGAGCAAGUCGGCCCUGGCCCCUACAUGCCACAGACAUACAGCCAGCCGGCCUACACUGUCCCACAACAAGCCCCCUCAGACAAUGGUCAAAAUCCCAACAAACAGUAGUACGCAAAUAAGUUUAAGCGUGAAGUUAUCCCACCAAUGAAUCGCUCAUUUAAACUAUAAUUUAUUUCAUUGAAAUAUUAUUAUUUAAUUUAUCGUCUUGAA